UUGCUCAAUGCUUGUGUCAGCUGAUAUAACAUUUCUCCUAUGCUUACAUCAAGAAUCCAAAAUUGAAGGUGUUCGUACGUUUUCCAUUAUUAUCACAUCCACAGGAAUAACCGUAUUCAUUACUUUCCAUACAGUAGAACGGGACAUGGUCAGCUGAUUUCUGACAGUAGAAUCAGUUCAGUCCUAAAUAAGUGUGUGUCUGUUAUCUCUAGUUGCCAACUGAAAACUUACAUAAAGAAUAAACCGAUGAUAGAAAUUUCAGUAUUUAUAUAGCUAUACGAUAGCUAUACGUAUUUGCUUAAAACCUAGAAAACUAAUGGAACAAAGUGUGAACAGUGCAAACCAAUAUAUAAAAAAUUAAACGGAAACGUGUUACUGUAUCCAAAAAGCAUUUAUGUCAUAGCGAAGACAAUAGAUAAUAUCAAUAUUGAGGUUAUGUCGCCAGAGCAAACCAGUGAUAAGGAUUUAAAGUACAAGGAAACAGCAAAAAGUGGCAAAGAUAUAGUAAAUGUAUUUGCGUUGAUAAAACGCAGGAAUGGAAAUACCACAUAACCAUAACAUUAUAAACAAUGAAUUAAAUGGCAUGCUUUUAGAAAGAAAUCCAUUAAUAAAGGAUGAUAAAAGUCAUGUAAAAUCAGAAGACGCAAAAGAUACAGAUGAUAAGGAAGAUACUGAAGCUAGUUUAGAUUACGAGUUAAAAAGAUUAAAUAGAAAGAUUGAUAGAAAAAAACUCAGGUUGUCUGAACUGAUUUCAUUGAGGAAACAUAAGGAGGAGUUAAAGUAUCAAUUGCAAAUCAAAAAUAGAAAAAUUUUGAUGCGAGAGACUCCUGAGCAUCCAAUAAUAACAGAGAAACAAGAAUCUACUUCCAUAAAGGGACCAAUUGGAAACAUUAUGGACAUAUCAAUGAUUGAAAUGUUUGCAAUAGAACCACCUACCAUUAAUUUAUUAAACAGUACCGUUUCAUCAAGCAAAGAAUCGUCAAAUACUCAAAAUGUAACAAAUAGUGGGACAAAUAUCGAAAUGGAAAAAACGCCAGCAUUGUCAGAAACUGCGGAACAUAUUGCAAAUCAGAAGAGUUCAGAACACCCCAUACUAUUGGACAUGGGACUUGAAGACCCUUCUCAUGACUACGAAGGUCAAAUAUUCAAACAUCGUGGUUGUUCAGAUAAGGUAAAAGAUGGAAAACAGCACAACGAAAUUUGUGAAGCAAUUGCACUUAAUGACAAAAGUAAUUUUGAAAAUCUUCCAAACAACUCGGGUACAUUUAGCGCAAAUCGACAUACACCAGAAUCUAAAGGCUUGGCAAUCAAUCAUGGUGGUGAAUAUAGCUACCAGAAGGAAACUGAUGACUACCAUUCGAAAAGCUCCCAAAAACAUGAUUAUUAUGCCUGCCAAGUGUGUACGGUACAAGAAGCAAAAUAUAUUUGUACUGGGUGCCGAAAGCAGUGGUAUUGCAGUACAAUAUGUCAAUUAAUUGAUUGGGAGCGGCAUAUCAAACAUUGUAAUGUUUGAUUACGCCAGACAUAUCAUCACAUAUAUAUUUCUGGAUUGAUCUGAAGAAAACUUAU